GCUAGCACGCAGUUGACUUUGAAUUGCUGAACACAGUGGCGCUCAAGCUGCAACUGGUAAUAGCACUCAAGUCUUUGAUAUCGGGUUUCUGGUUGGCGCGUCAACUCCACAAUUGCCAAUCAUAUUCAUACGCGAUUGAGCAACCAGUGGAGUCGCUAUUGCAGACUGUGUAAAAACCCGUUCAUCUUCUGCAUACCGCGACUUCGCAAUGUCAUCUGUAAACUCGGUCAACGUUGGAGUCAGCGCCAGCCAUGCACGAGAGGCAAAAGAGAGCUCUGCAAAUUCGUCUGGACACGGCAAACAUGAUGAUGAGACCGGGAACGUUGGCUCACGGUCUUCGAUGGACCAGCGCAUGAGCCGCGUUGAAUCACCAAUCCCAAUCUCACCUACCGGGUCUCCGCUCAGGACACCGAAGGCUACCCUCCCUGACACACCCUCAAACCGUACAGGACCACCACGCUCCUUGUCAUUCACCUUCUCCCACCCAAGCUCUUCAUCCGUCCCGCGUCAAACUCUUCUCAACGGCCAGCGGGAAUACAGCGAUAUUUUUGAAAAUGAUUUGGGAGAUCGUGGCAAAACCUCGUUUCAGAUUAAUUCAAGUUCGUCGAGCUUCCGGGGUGCGUUUGAGCUUAGCCCUUCUCUGGGAAAAGUGUCCACAGAUAAGAAGGGUAAAGCAAGAGAGAGUAGAGUUUUCGACCAAUUCCAUGAUUCGCCAUUAGAGGAGAGGUCGAAUUCGAUGUUUCCGGAACCUCCUAACACAAUAAUUGAAGAGGAAGAAGAGAAGAUAGAGAGGAAACCCAUGUCUCGACACCAAACAAUAGGACCUAUUCGCAAGUCCACUGAUCCUCCCCCUGGGGAUCUCCAGCGCUCUCAAUCUCACCCUCCCCGAGUAGAUUCCAAAAAGCCAGGAACAUCCGCAAGAUGGAGCAAGUUACGUGGUCUUCUACCUUAUGUCGUUCGCACCGGGCAACCUGCACUACACUCCGUGGUCACCUCAAACGAGGUGAAUAUCACAGACGAACUCAUUACGGGCGGUUUGUCCACAUUGAUGCUGCGUUUGUGGUUCGAACGCGAUGAGAAGGGGCACCGGCGUAUCCCUGUCCUCCUCCAUCGUCUGCGCAUACGGAUUAGUGACAGUCUACAUCCCAUGCAAACACAUAAAGCUGUGUUUCGUAUCGAGUGUGAAUAUGCCAACGGUGCAGUGCGUUGGGUGGUCUACAGGCAGCUUCGUGAUUUCUUUUCCCUGCAUGCCCAUUACACUUUGUCCAAUGCGUUCCGCACUCAAAAGGAUGUAUUGCCAGAGUUUCCUCGAACUAGCCUUCCUUACUUUAAAUUCUUGAAGAAGGAAUCCAGCGGGCGUCACGUCAAACAAACUGACUUUGCUCGUUUGCAACGAGAAGCGCUAGAGGACUAUUUGAUUAAACUUAUACGCGCUGUUAUGUUUCACCCAACCGCAAAUCGACUCGCAGGCUUCCUAGAGAUAAGCGCAUUAUUCAUCACUCGUGCGCUGUCUGGCGGCGCACAAUAUAAAGCUGGAUUCCUGCGCAUUCAUACAGAAGGCAAUGGUCCCGGGUUUGGACGAAAAUCAGCACGGUGGCGAGAGCGGAAGGAGGCUCGAUGGUGUGCCAUUCGUGAGAGCUAUAUCGUGGUCGUGGAGGACCCGGGGGAGGUUGUAAUUUGGGACGUCUUCCUCUUCGAUACGAGUUUCAAGAUCAUUCGGCCCACACGAUACUAUCGCAAGGGUCUGCACCUCUUGCACCCAGAACCGGAGGACCGUGAAUUUCUUAUUCAGACGGAAUACCCACAGGCCGAGGUCGACUGUCUCUCUGCAAUAGAUAGUAUCAAAAGUCGCCUUUCGCGGGCCUUUCGAAUCGCUAAUAGGUCGUCACCAAACAUUGCAGCCACUACGGGUGGUGAGGUGCAGGGUAAUGGGGAUGUUGCUACGGGAACAGGGCACAGGAGAACAGAGACAGUCAGUUCUGGCAGCUCCGCAGUAUCAUCUCGUCCUGCGACACCGAUGCUGGACCCGUCUACGCAUGUGAAUCCUCUGAAGAGUAGUAACACCGCGGAGACUAGGGAGAUACAAGAGGAGACAAACGAGCAGGAUAAGAGAAAAAAGAAGAAACGGCCAGAUGAUGUCUCAAAGCAUACGUUCUAUGUCGAGAAUUCGCAAAUGCGGUUGAAGUUGUUCGCAAGAAAUGAGCGUCAAAUGUUGCAAUGGAUUACUGCCCUGGAAAAAGCCGCUGCUACGACCCCUUUCAUCGCAAAAAAUAAAAAUCGUUUCGACAGUUUUGCUCCAGUGCGAUUGGAUGUCGCUGCUCAGUGGCUUGUUGAUGGGCGCGAUUACAUGUGGAAUUUGUCCCGGGCUAUCCUCAUGGCGCAAGAGACUAUCUAUAUUCAUGACUGGUGGCUAUCCCCUGAACUACAACUGAGGCGUCCUAAUAAACCCAAGUAUCGUUUGGAUCAUCUUCUUGAGAGGAAGGCCAAGGAAGGGGUCAAGAUCCACAUAAUUCUGUAUCAGGAAGUUUCGAACCGAACUACCCCCACGGAUAGCAACUAUGCGAAGCAACGCCUCAUAUCGCUACACCCAAACAUCAUGGUUCAACGUUCACCCUCACACUUCCAAACUGGCACAUUCUACUGGGCACACCAUGAGAAGCUCUGCGUUAUUGACGAGACUAUCGCAUUCAUGGGAGGGAUUGACCUAUGUUUCGGAAGAUGGGAUACGCCACAGCACGUCAUCAUCGAUGACUCGGAGCUAUCGGCAGACAAGACAGAAAUCUGGCCAGGCAAAGACUAUAGUAAUCCGCGGGUUCUUGAUUUCCAUGCGCUAAACAAACCCUUUGAAGACAUGUAUGACAGGGCGAAGGUGCCCCGGAUGCCUUGGCAUGAUGUAGGCAUGCAAGUCGUAGGCCAGCCUGCUCGCGAUCUCGCUCGACACUUUGUUGAAAGGUUUAACCAUUCCCGAACCAUGCCUUUCCUGCUACCUCCGCCGGAGUUCAAACCUGGAGAGCUUGCCGCAAUGGGUCUGACAGGCACAUGCGAGAUGCAACUUUGCAGAUCGGCCGGCCCUUGGUCGCUUGGUACUACCAAUCGAACUGAGCAUUCGAUUCAAAAUGCAUAUCUGAAAGCCAUCGAGAUGUCGGAGCAUUUCGUGUACAUUGAGAAUCAAUUCUUCAUUACCUCGACCGUCGUGAAUGAUAUCAAGAUUGAGAACCGGAUUGGCGAUGCAUUGGUAGAUCGGAUCACCCGCGCACAUCGCGAGGGCACCCCGUGGAAAUGUUGCAUCGUCAUUCCCCUCCUCCCUGGCUUCCCCUUCCCCAUUGAUCACAGCGACGCCAGCGCAAUUCGAAUCAUUAUCGAGUGUCAGAACCGCACUAUCUGUCGUGGGCCCAAUUCGAUAUUUUCUCGACUUCGUAAAGAGGGUAUAGAUCCUGAUGAAUAUAUCUCCGUGUUUUCGCUGAGAAACUGGGCUAAAAUGCGGAACGGUGUAUUGACUACGGAGAUAUUAUAUAUUCAUGGCAAGGUCUGUAUUGUGGAUGAUCGUCUGGCAAUCAUUGGCAGCGCAAACAUCAAUGAGCGUUCCCAACGUGGUGAUCGAGAUUCCGAAAUUGCUGCAGUCAUCCGAGACACUGAUCUGAUUGACGGGACGAUGGCAGGAAAACCGUUCAAAGUUGGGCGAUUUGCACACACCUUGCGAAUGCGGUUGAUGCGAGAGCAUGUUGGUGUGGAUGUUGACGCCAUGAUUGAACAUGAGCCUAUGCCCCACGAAGAAAUCAAACCUGACCAUGAACAAGAGUGGGACCCAGAAUCGGAGCAAGAGCCUAGUGGUCGCGAAGUUACUUCAGCCAAACAUAUGAGUCCCAUACGUAGUAUACUCCACACCGCAGGCGAGGGUAUCAAACAAACUGGCAACGCUGCUUUGAGCGCUUCCCACCACCUCAAGAAACCUAUUGUGAAGGUGGAACUCCACAAACCGAACACUCCAGAGCAAGAUGUAUCCCUGGAGGAGGAGCGUAUGACGUGCAGCCGUGAAGGCAAGAAGGAGCCAGGGCUCGCCGGUGCGAUAGUUACACCUGUGGAAGAAGCAGUUGUUCAAGAGCGCCUGCCUUCAGCUUCACAAGCUGAGAACCCUCCUUUGAAAGACAAGCUCGAACAUCGACUGGGCGAAAACUCUGAUCCCGUCGAGAAGCGCACGGCUGAUGGGGAAGCAUACAGUACUCCAGCGCUUGCGUCAAGGAAUCCACAGACUGAUGACAAACCACCCCAUCUGGAGUCGGGAACCAAUGGCCAGGACGAGCUUGAAAACACUGCUACGGGAACAAGGACCCUGCUCAGGAAGCAUCCUGCUAGCAAAGUCGGCAAUAAAACGUCGGCUGUACCGAUCCUUCCCCAUGUAAAUCCAGAGGGUUUUGAGGACCCGAUAUCUGAUGCAUUUUGGAAGAAUGUUUGGAACGCCUGCGCUGUGCAUAACACUGAGAUUUAUCGCAAAGUUUUUCACUCUGUCCCUGAUGACCUCAUUGCGACGUGGAAGCAAUACAAAGAAUUUGUUAUUCACCAUGAACGCUUCUCUAAGCCGGCAACGGGUAGCAAUUCGCCAUACCCAGUAUCACGAGUGCCCUCAGAGACAGCAUGCGAAGACGGACCAUAUCAAAAGGGAGGUUUGGCGGAUGCUGCUGAGGAGAGCCGUGAGACCUUUCAUACCAACGAUGGGAGCGACGGCGCUCCCUCCAGGGGUUCUCACCUCCCAGACAAGGACGGUCGUAGCAGGAAACCUGUGAAUGGGAUAGAGCCUUUUACCAAGCAGGAGCGAGAUGAAAUGGAGGAGCUGUUGAAAGAUGUCCGUGGGCACCUUGUUGUGUAUCCCUCGCGAUUCUUGGAAGGAGAGGAUAUUGCAGGGAACUUCAUGUUCAAUGCAGACAGGUGUGUUGCAUCACAUACUUUGUCUGGAAGUUCUUCUGCUAGGUGACUUCAAGGUACGGACUGGAGAGGGUCCGGUAUUCAGUGUGCGCCUGAUGCGGGCGGAAUUCAUCCAGUUUCUCUUUG